ACCUAGAAUCACAUGACAAACCAAAAUGGUGGACGGUAGAGUUUCGUGGAAAAGUAGUUUUGCCUUCUUGGUUUGUUUUGUCGUCGGCUGUCAUGGAGUUGCUCAUUAUUAUAUAGGAACAGGGAUCGCUGAUGUUACAGGACCCGCGGCAGAAGUUGAUAUGAUGGGCUAUGCCAAUCCUGCCCAGACAAGUCAUGGAAUCCAUCUGCGCCAGUACAGCAGGGCAUUUAUUAUUGCUGACACUGCCAAAAAGUCUAGGGUAGUCUUCGUCAAUGUUGAUGCAUGUAUGAUAUCCGAAAUUUUGAAAAUACAGGUAGUCCAAAAGCUGCAGACAUUAUAUCAUGGUCUUUACAAUGAUUCUAAUGUCUGCCUGAGUGGAAUCCAUACUCACUCUGGACCUGGUGGAUUCCAUCAGUAUGUGUUGUUUGACGUAACAUCUCUUGGCUUUGUGAAGGAAAGUUUGGAUUCUCUAGUGAAUGGAAUUGUGAAGAGCAUCCAAAAUGCCCACAACAACAUGGUUGCAGGGAAUAUUUACAUCAAUACAGGAGAACUGUUGGAUAGCAACAUCAACCGCAGCCCUUCUGCAUACCUGAAUAACCCAGCAGAGGAAAAGGCCAGAUACAAGUACAAUGUGGACAAGAACAUGACUGUUUUGAAAUUUGUUGAUGAAAACGCCACUACUUGCCCUCCAGCUAUGGGUUAUAGUUUUGCUGCAGGAACCACUGAUGGGCCAGGCAUGUUUGACUUCACACAAGGUUCAACUACAAGCAACCCAUUCUGGAAUGUUAUCCGUGACUUCUUAUCCAAACCCACUCCCCAACAAAUUAAGUGUCAGCAUCCUAAGCCCAUCCUCUUGAACACAGGAGAGAUUUCUUUCCCAUAUCCAUGGCAACCAAGUGUAGUUCCCACUCAGAUUCUGAGGAUUGGGGAGCUGAUGAUACUAGCAGUUCCUGGAGAAUUUAGCACCAUGUCAGGAAGAAGGUUGAGAAAUGCAAUUACUGAGAUUGCCAUCCAGCAUGGUUUCCCCUCCAACACCACCACUGUUGUUGCUGGACUGUCUAAUGCCUAUGCAGAUUACAUUGCAACAUAUGAGGAAUAUCAGAUUCAGAGAUACGAAGGUGCAUCAACCAUAUUUGGCCCCCACACAUUACAGGCCUAUAUUCAGAAGUUUAAAACAUUGACUGUGGCAAUGGCUAGGGGGUCUCCUGUGCCAGUUGGACCUAGUCCUCCAAAUUUUAUGAAGGAAUUGUUUUCUUUCCUACCUCCUGUGCUGUUUGAUCAUGCACCAAUGGGACAGAAUUUUGGUGAUGUUGUCAAAAAGCCUAACCCUAAAUAUAUGCCGGGAGGUACAGUAGAAGUUUCCUUCAUUAGUGCAAACCCCAGGAACAACUUAAUGAGUGGUAAGAGUUUCCUCACAGUGGAGAUGAAACAGAGUGAUGGAAGCUGGAAAACUAUGUUUACUGAUGCAGAUUGGGAAACUAGUUACCAUUGGGAACGCACAUCCACAAUACUUGGGGAAAGCAUUUCUGUUAUCACAUGGAAUAUACCAGAUCAGCAGAUGCCAGGCACCUAUAGAAUACGCCAUUUUGGAUCAUCAAAAAGCAUGAUUGGUGGCUCCAUAACUCCAUUUGAAGGCUCCACAGAUAUAUUCCAAGUUGCAGCAUCUCCCCUGUCCGAGAAGAAAGGCAUUCAAAGCUAUUUGAAGUUCUUGAAGCAUGUCAAGAUGCAGUCAGAACUUAAUGAAAAUGUAGCGUAAAAGCUAACAUAAUUGAAAUCCAAGUCUUCAAAUUGCCAUAGGCCUACAUACGAGUGUACAGUUAUUCUCAAGGGUAAAUGUUUUGAUAAAGUAUUUUAAAAAGUUGUACACAUAUUGAUGUGGUCAGCUGCUAUCGAUAAGCCAAUAUUUAAGCAGAUUAUAUGUAAGGAAAUUGUACUGUGCAAUUUAAUUCCUAAAUAUUGCUAAAUUUAGUAUUUAUGAUUAUUCUUUUUUCAUCCACUGUUUAUUUAUUGUCCAUGUGUUCCUGAAAAUGUAUAAUAUUUAAACAAUCAAACUAUAUGAGACUUUUGUCGUAAAGAAGUGACACUCAAAUGCAAUCAUAGUUUUUAAAAUUUUCUUUUUUCUGAUCGUGCAGUGAGUGAUAAAUUGCAGUUUUCUUUCUCUGUACCAUCAUAUUAAGUCUUUCAGCAGUAAAACGUUAGAAUGGCACAUGCGAAUUUUGCAAUAUAAAGCCGUGUUUUUAUCAAUUUAAAAAUCUUCAUUCGUGUCUUAACGUUAUGCCUUUCUACUUACUAAAACCAUAAACUCAGGUAUUUUUUAUCGUACUUUAUUUGGUCAUCAUUCAGAUAAUAUACUUUCCUUAUGUUUUCAAUUUCUUAAAUCAGAUGAAACUUUAUGAUCGUUGACGGUAAAACGAAAUAAAGGCAAAUUGAAGCAGUG